AUUUAUGCCUCAGAGAUGUCUGCUGUAUCCUUGACAAUCCACUGCAGUCACAGAUGUAGCGUAGCAACAGGUAGUUUAUCAUCAGUGGGGGUUUCAUGAUCUCGGGUAUUUGCUGGAUGGAUGGUCACUUAGAGUGUGGCAGACGUAAACUUUUGGAACAUGAAAGCUUUUUUCCUGGUCUGGGGAAUUUUUCAAAGUUUGGGCUUUGUGUGUUCUGAGAGCUGUGUGCAGGCACAGGACUAUGUUUGCAACCAAAUCCCAACAGGCUAUCCUCCUGGCCUGUCCUCUCUGGUGUUUUUUGUGAGGAACAUGGGUGAGAUCAACACGACCGUUUUUAACUACACUAAUCUGUCCUCAGUCACCAGCCUCACUAUGACACAAAGUGGAAUUACAGCUAUAGUACCAGGGGCAUUUGCCCAGUUCCAAAGUCUCAUGAUGCUCAAUUUACGCAAUAAUGAUCUCUCCCUAAUUACCUCAGACUGGUUUAUCCAUAAAGAGGUACUAGAGAGCCUAAUCUUGACAAAUAAUAGCAUUACGGCUUUGAACGAAAAUUCCUUUGCUGGCCUUGUGGGACUCUUAAACCUGAACCUGGCCCAGAACCAAAUUCGCACUAUUACAUCAGAUAGCUUUCGCUUCCUGAUUAGGUUGAAACAUCUGGACCUGUCCCACAAUAAGCUAAGACAUUUGAGUGUGGACACCCUCAUUCCAUUAAACAACACGAAAAUCCUUUUGCACGGAAACCCCUGGGACUGCUCCUGCAGUGUAUAUGAGUUCUCUCUCUAUCUAAGAGAGCUACAAAAGGCCUCCUUGCUGCAGAAUGAGAUGGAGGUGCUCUGUGAGAGCCCGGCUCAUCAGCGAGGAAGACCUGUGUGGAAUGUGUCCAAGUGUGUGAACCCUGUAACAGAUGUAGCCCUUACAACCAGAAACAGCCAAACCCUCACACCAGGAAGCACUAACCUGUCUACUAUUAUCAGCUUAGUAGUGGUACUUUGUGCCCUGGUACUUGUUAUCUGUGUUUUGUCAGUUUUGUACCACAGAAAACAAGAGCAAAAACAUCGAGUGACCAUCCAACCUUUUCCAGAAGAACAAGAAAGUGCUAGACACGCACAAGCACACUGUAGAGCAACGUCAGAAAUUUCUAACAAGGUGGAAUCCAUUUCCUGUGACCAGAAAAGGAAACAAUCAAAUAAUAGACUUCUAUUAAGGCUGGACCAGACAGUGUUGGAUUCACAAAUUUACCAGAUUUACAGCACAGGAAUAUACCAAACAAGAGAGAUGACUGGCCGAGCCAAAUCAGCAGGGCCGGUACUCUCUAGAACUGAUGCCUCUGGGAGACGUCCAGACCCUGAAGUGGCAGAUCCAGGAGUGUGGAUGGUGAAGGAUCAAGAAGUACAUGCUGGAUGGACAGAACAAGAGCUUGAGAAGUUAGAUGGUAAAAAUCGAAGAACUGAAUCGAAGGAAAAAGAAGGCAAGUAUGAAGGCAAAGAAGAAAAGAAACAAGUGGGAAAAAGUGAAAUGGAGAAGAAAUGUAGACAUGUUGAGAAACGAGAUGAUGAGUUUGUCACUACUUUGAAACCAGGAGUCAAGUAUGAGCAGAAUUUAGAGGGUGGAGAAAAGGAUGAACAUGCUUUAGAGGGAAAUGUAAAAGAUCAGGGAUUUCUGCAUACUGACGACUCUGUGCCCAGUGAGGAAGAAUAUGAUUCUGAUGAUGAUGAAUAUAAUUCGAGCUCCAGUUUAUCAAGAUCCCAACCCCCUCAGGAGCAUGGUGAUGGCUUCCAGCCUCUGGGAGAACAUGUUGAGAACAUGCCUUACCUCACUAUUGGAGCUGACCCAGAAAAGCAAAGCCCAAAUCCAGAGCAGAUUUGCACUAAGGCUUCCACAGGACAGCUGAAUUUAAGACCCAUCAGGCGCACAUUGUCCUGGCCUCCUACUGCAGCUCAGUGGAAAAAGCAAUGGGCUCAAACCCAGCAGGUCCUCAAUGUUUCUCCUAAGCUCGUUUUUGUCACGCAAUAUGAGUAUCAUAUAGGCAUGUUUCCCUCUGGCAUAUCUUCAGCUAUUCCAGAAAAUAUCCCACAAGCCAGUUGUUCAGGGUUUCCCAAACAGCAAGCACAAAUAAAGGACCUUGAACACGUUCAUUCUUUGGAUCCAACCACCAAACCACUAUGUGAAGGGAUCAGCUCUGAAGCUGCCAAUGAGGUGAAGAUGAGAAGCAGCAAGAAGAAAAAGACAAAUCAAUCUCCAAAGGAUGAACAGACACAAUCCAUAUCUGGGAGGCAGCCGAGAAGAGCAGAGAGAUACGGAAGGAAAGUGCUGAGAGACAGACAGAGGGAUCAGUCUCACUCCAGCUCAGGUGCACACCCUUCUGGAGGAUCUCCUAGUGAUGACAACUUGCUAGUGGAUAAUGAGUACACCUUCAUAGAUCUUCUACAUGAAGUGGUGGAGAACCAUGGUCGCUGGACACGAGACAGAUGGAGGCAAAGUCAUAUGAACAAGCAAAAAAUGAAACAAGUCGCUAAAUUUUGA